GUGAUGAGAUGGCAGUUCUCCUUGACUCAGCUCUCACCGAAAGGAAAUCAAAAUUCUCAAAUCUCGGAGUCCAGAGAUAGAGUUUUCGGAAUUAGGGUUUUGUGUGAAUUUUCCAUCGCAAUGGCGAAAUUCAGAGACAGGCUGGAAGAUUUCAAAGACGCAGUCCGGCAGGCUGCGAUUUCUUCCGGCUACGACGAGUCCAAAUUGGCAGCGCUUAUGGCCAAGUUCAUCAUCCACCCACCUCGCCAAAGGUCACCUUUCACCACUGCUGCUUACAAAACGCUUGAAAGCAUUGGAGCUCUGGAACAGUUUAUGUUGAAACAUCGAAAGGAUUAUGUGGAUCGGCAUCGCACCACUGAACAUGAGAGAGAUAGCAUUGAGCAGGAAGUUAGUGCUUUUAUUAAAGUGUGCCAAGAACAAAUUAAUGUUCUCAAAAAUUGCAUUAAUGAUGAUGAAGCAAAGUCAAAGGGCUGGCUUGGUAUGAGGGCUGAUCGCUCUAAUGCUGAUACUAUAGCACACAAGCAUGGUGUGGUUUUGAUUUUAAGUGAGAGACUCCAUUCUGUCACGUCCCGGUAUGAUCAGCUGAGAUCCAUACGCUUCCAAGAUACCUUUAGUAGAGCAACACCAAGAAGGAAACUAAACAGGAUUCCAAAAAAAGAAUCCAAUGAUACCUCCAGUUCUAACAAUUUAGAGGCCCGGGAGCCAGAAGCAUUUCAGGCGCAGUCUCUAACAGUUCAACAACAGCUCUUGGAUGAUGAAACACGCGCCCUUCAGGUAGAGCUGACUAGCCUUCUAGAUGCAGUUCAGGAAACUGAAACUAAGAUGGUGGAAAUGUCUGCUCUAAAUCAUCUUAUGUCUACACAUGUUCUGCAACAACGUGAACAAAUAGAGCAACUCUAUGAUCAAGCAGUUGAAGCCACACACAACGUAGAUCUCGGCAAUAAAGAGCUUUCCAAAGCAAUCCAGCGAAAUACGAGCAGCAGGACCUUUCUUUUGCUCUUCCUAUUUGUACUCACAUUUUCCAUUCUCUUUCUUGAUUGGUAUAGUUAAAUGUACUGAUUCCCAUAGUUUUUAUAAAACACUCACUCAGAGAAUGUAUCAUUGCAACUUCCACAAACGAAAUUGGAAAACGUCCAAAAUCAAAGUUUAGUGUUUCUUUCA